AAAAUUUGUCUCACCCUUGUUUUCCAACUACUGCCAUUUGGUCCAACCUCUCUCCUCAUUUCCCUUGUUUUAUUAGUCCUUUUACUCAUUCCAAGUUUUUCCCUUCCUCUUUAAUUGUCCAUCAACUUUUUAGCUUUUUCAUACACACUAAAAUUUUCUCACAUGCUAGAAAAAAUGGCACCUUCAAUUUCCCUCUCUGUCCUAUUUCUCCUUUUUCUCCAGUUUCCCCUCCAAGCCAUCUCAAUCAACUCCGAAGGGAAUGCUCUUCAUGCUUUGAGGACCAGGCUUUCUGAUCCCAACAAUGUUCUGCAGAGCUGGGACCCAACACUGGUUAAUCCGUGUACUUGGUUUCAUGUUACAUGUGACUCCAACAACCAUGUUACUCGCUUAGACUUGGGAAAUUCUAAUGUUUCUGGAACUCUAGGCUCAGAACUUAGUCAUCUACACCAUCUGCAGUAUCUGGAGUUGUAUGGGAAUGAGUUAAGAGGAAAGAUUCCUAAGGAACUUGGAAAAUUGAAAGCACUUAUUAGCAUGGAUUUGUAUGAUAACAAGUUGGAAGGAAAAAUUCCAAAGUCAUUUGGCAAGUUGAAGUCAUUACAAUUCUUGCGUCUAAACAACAACAAGCUGACAGGAUCUAUCCCAAGAGAACUCACUCGUCUCAAGAAUCUCAAAAUUUUUGAUGUUUCAAAUAAUGAUCUUUGUGGAACAAUACCAGUAGAGGGAAACUUUGGAUCCUUUCCAAUAAAAAGUUUUGAAAAUAACAGACUUGGUGGUCCUGAACUGAAAGGACUUGUUCCGUACGAUUUUGGAUGCUGAAGAGAGAUAGAAUUUGGUUAUGAUCUUAAGAGACAACAAUGAAGCAACUUAGUUUACUUGUUUUCACAUCAAUAUUCCAUCAUCUUGUUUACUUUUAUUGAUUACAAAAAUAAAUAAUUGAGAGGGUAAAUUGUGUGUUUUCCCAUGUUUUAUUAUUAAAUAAAGUGAGUUGUAAGAAAUAAGAAUGGUGAAAAAGACAAUUCUAUGCAUGAUGAGUAUAUGUAUCUAGCAAGAUGAGAACCCAAUGAAACAUAAUUUAAAGUUACAGCAAGUGUUCUUUCCAAGGCCUAAUAAUAACAAGGUAUUGAAUCA